CAAAAAGAAAAGGUUUAUUAUUUAUGUUUUAGUCCACCCUAUCCAUCUUUUCUUUCGUUUUUGAUGUUCAAGGUGAAAUACACUCUUUUCUUCCACCAUUUCCAACAAAAAUGCUACUUUUUCUCUCUACAAUCGCGGUUCCAUCAAUUUCCCGCGUAAAAUUCCUUCCCAAACCCUCACUCUUCACUUUCACAUCUCUCCGCCGAAUCCAACUUCCCCACAAUCAUUCUACUCGCACCGUCUCUUGCGUCACGAACGAACUACACAACCGAACUCCCAAACGCGAUGGAGACCUUGUCGUUUUGGGCAUCGAAACUAGCUGCGACGACACUGCCGUCGCCGUCGUGAGAAGUGACGGUGAAAUUUUGAGUCAAGUGGUGUCUUCUCAGGCAGAUCUGCUAGUGAAGUAUGGAGGUGUUGCUCCGAAAAUGGCAGAAGAAGCUCACUCACAAGUGAUAGACCAGGUUGUGCAAGAAGCCCUUGAUAAAGCUUAUAUGACUGAGAAGGAUCUCACCGCUGUUGCUGUCACUAUCGGUCCUGGUUUAAGUCUCUGCCUUCGUGUGGGGGUGCAGAAAGCUCGGAGAAUUGCGGGGGGCUUCAAUUUACCAAUUAUUGGCAUCCAUCACAUGGAGGCUCAUGCUCUAGUGGCUAGGCUAAUCGAGAAAGAUUUGCAAUUUCCAUUCAUGGCCCUACUUAUUUCAGGUGGACACAAUCUACUUAUUCUUGCACGGGAUCUUGGGCAAUACACACAACUUGGAACUACAAUAGAUGAUGCUAUUGGUGAGGCUUAUGACAAGUCAGCAAAAUGGCUUGGACUUGACAUGAGUAGAAGUGGUGGUCCUGCUAUAGAGGAGCUUGCUAGGGAGGGCAAUGCUAAAUCAGUUAAUUUUUCUAUUCCAAUGAAGCAGCAUAAAGAUUGCAACUUCUCCUAUGCCGGUUUAAAAACCCAAGUAAGGCUGGCAAUUGAGUCCAAAAAGAUUGAUGCCAAAAUUCCUAUUUCUUCUGCAAGUUAUGAAGAUCGAAUGUCACGAGCUGAUAUUGCUGCUUCCUUUCAGCGAAUUGCAGUGUUACAUCUUGAGGAAAGGUGUGAACGAGCAAUACAAUGGGCAUUGAAGAUGGAGCCUUCUAUAAAACACUUGGUUGUCUCAGGUGGUGUUGCAUCAAAUCAAUAUGUUAGGGCUCGGCUAGAUACGGUUGUGAAGAAGAAUGGCCUGCAACUUGUAUGCCCUCCUCCCCGGCUUUGUACCGACAAUGGUGUAAUGAUUGCUUGGACUGGUAUUGAGCACUUUCGGGUUGGAAGAUAUGACCCUCCACCUCCUGCAGAAGAUCCGGAAGACUAUUUCUAUGAUGUACGCCCAAGGUGGCCGCUGGGGGAAGAAUAUGCUGAAGGAAGAAGUGAAUCUCGCUUCUUAAGAACGGCACGUCUUCAUCCUUCUCUCACAUCUCUAAUUCAAGCAUCAUUGCAACAGUGACAUUGCAUGACCUUCCGGGUUUCUUCAGCCUCUUCAAGUCCCUUUACAUAUAUACAUUAUACAUAUUACCAAAUUUGAUUAUUUGGCCGGAGAAACUGGCCAUUUGGACCAAAGUCUCAUCAGAAAAUCCAGCUAAACAAUGUCACAUCAGGAAAACCUCAUAGUUAUGGUUGGAAGAGAUGAAAAUUGAUUACUGCAAUAACCAAAAUUGUAUAACUUUAAAGGCUGCAUCUAUGCCUGAUUCUUUAGGAAAUUUAUAAUAGAAGGACUUGUAUUUGUU